AUGGAUGAUGACACAAUUAAUCAACAGUUUCAAGAGGUUGAUGAUGCUAUUAUGAACAACAGAGACAAUGUACCACAAAUAUUGGCUCGAUUGAAAUCAUCAAUUGGAAACCAGUCCAAUGAAUAUAGUCAACUGUUGCAUAUGAAAAGGAUUAGCUACUUUAGAGCUACUGGGAAUGUGAAUGAAUUGAGAAAUGAAGAAAAUCGAAUAGAAGAAAAGUUUUCUAGCUCGCAACAACGAAGAAAUCCUGAACCAUCACAAGUCAGAAAACGAGAACCCAUUGGCCAUAAUAUUCUACCUGAUGAAUCAAUCAAAGCUGAUAUUCAAGCUUGUCUCGAGAGGUUUAAGUCGGUACGUUGCAACGAAGAACAAAAGGGUUUCUAUAAGCAAUUAUAUUCAGAAAUUACUGAACUGAUCCGGUUACCUGUGAAUUCAUUGGAUGAAUACAUCAAUAUCGAUUUACAAUAUUCAAGAAUAAAGGUUAGUUUAGAUUCUCUUCAAAUUCAAAUAUUAGAGAACUCUAAAGAAACCAUUGGCAUGACGAAUAACUUGGAUUUGCCUGUUUUAACUGAUCUUUCUUUUCAUUUAAUAUGUUUACAAUAUCAACUAAAGGUAGAUUUUGUCAACUUCGUUCUUUCGGAUAAGUCAAAGAUUCGUUCUAUUUUAUUCGCUGAUAUUCCGUUGUCACAAGAACACACUCGAAUACACUGUAGCAAAUUGUCUUUUCUAUUUCAUCCAAAGAGAUGUGAACCACAACAACAAAUGAUGUUCAUAGAAAUUUUUGAGUUGAUCGGUGAUGACCUAAGAAAACAAUCAAAAGAGUUGAAUAAUAAUCGUGUAGAUCGAGUUAAUUUAGUUGAAAAACAUAAACUAGCUGGUAAAGAGCAUUUGGAUAAGGCUUAUAAGAAUUCAGACGCAAGAAAUCGUACACAAAAUGCAGUUAGUGCAUACAGAUACUACAGAGCUGCAUCAAAAGAACUCGAAACAGAAUCUAAUAAAGGAUCUAUUCUUAAGCAAGUAGAAUUGAAAAGGUGUAUGAGUCUUUCACUUCAACUCCUUGAACCUAAUCUAACAUUUGAAACUCAAAUUUAUGCUAUUGUUGGUAUUUAUCUGAUUAGCAAAGAAGGCGAAAAUCAUCGAUGUCGAGAGGAUUUCAAGCAAUUCGAAAGCAUUCUUCGAUCGACUAAUUAUUCAGAAGUGAGAUAUUCAAUAUCUACAGUUGGUGUUACCGAAAGUACGAGUCACGAAUUCAGGUUAAAUAAAACUACAACGGAUUUUACACGCGGUUCCAUUAAAUUGGAACAAUUCCGAGAUGCCCUGUCGUCUGAUUUGCGAUUCACUAUUACAAACACACCUGCAUUUACAGAUGAACAAGAAAAUCAACUAGGUAUAAAAAGGAUUGAUACGUCUAGCAGCAUUGGAAUUGGUAUUUCAUAUUUAAUUGGCGAUAUUUUCUUUGAGAACAACUUUUAUAGUAAAAAACAAUCUAGUACUACUCAGAAUCCUAAAGUGCAUGGAAGUAUAAACGAUAUUUUAAGAGAAGCGUUAGGUUACUAUACUAAGCGACAAUACAAUGACUUUCUUUCUUGUCUUACCAAAAGAUAUUUUAAAAACAAAAUAUUGCUAGGAAUUAAACAAGAAUGUCACGGUAGUACUUGUAUAAUUAUAUUAGAUGUCCGACCUAGUGUAAUUGUGCAUGAGCUUUCACGCUCCAGUUUUUCAGCUGAAGGUAUUGCUAAUUUUCUCAUUUUACUUGGUGAAGUUUUCCUCAUGGCACCCAAAAUAACACCGAAAGAUCAUCUAUCACCAAAGGUAUCGGUACAAGUACCAAAGUACGCUGAUUUUAUUGAUUGUGCAUGCAAACUAUUUCGAGAAGUCUUGAAUAAUUCAUAUUUGACUGAACGAGCAAACAGUUACGAUAAUAGAAUCGUAUCACAAUUGUCAGCUCAAAGUGAAAGUUAUAUAGAAGAUUAUCAAAAAACAGCAUCGAGUUAUAUAUAUCCUGUGUCAACUGUGUACAUCAAAGAAAGAUUAAUUGUUUCUAAUAGUAGUGAUCGUUUAGAUUAUUUGAGAUUUGUUGCUCAAGUUAAUUAUGCCAUUGCAUUGAUAAUAAUGGGAGGAAAAGAGAACUUAGAACUAAGUGUCAAAAUGAUUAAAGAGCUGAAAAGAGGAUUAAGAAAAACAUUUCAGCAAGAGAAAAUGUGUACUGUGACUGAAAUUCGUCUACAAGCAUUAACAGAUAUUUUCGGUGUAUUUGGUUACACUGACCACAAACCAUUAGACAAAAACGAAUUAGAUUUCCUUAGUCAGAAAUUCUUUCGAUUAGCAAGUGACGUUCGCAUAAAACGCAUUGACAGAAUAUUAAUGAAUAAUGAGAUGGUUUCGUAUUGUGAACCAAUAACGUUGGAUGAUGAUAAUCAAGAUGAAAAAGAUGAAUUUGUUUUAUUAGAUAGAGUUUUGGGAAACGUUCUGAGAUUGAAUAAAAAGAAAUUUGUUGAAAACGUUUGUAAUAAUUAUAAUAGAAGUAUUGAACCAUUGACAUCAUUGAUGAAAGAAAUAAUAAAAAAAGAAAAUUUUCCAAGUAUCAAUGAAUGGAAAGAAUCAUUUUUAUUAGGAAAAUAUUCAUUAAACUUUCUAUAUCUUCCAGUUUUAUCUUUCUUGUACAGUAUAGUUUUUGUACCAUGUACUAUCAGAUCUCAUCCGGAUCAUGGUGAUAUAUUUGUAGUCACAAAAGAAAUAAUUGAUAAAUCGAAAAGUUCAGUGAAGACUUCAGUUUAUGCAGUCACCGAAGAAAUGAGCGAUACCGAGAGUAUUCAACCCGUAAAGGCCAUAUUCGCGGAUAGCGAUGUUUCCUUGAAAUAUAUUUAUUAUCAGUUAGAGUUAGCGAAGGGCGGAAAUGUCAAGGCUGAUUUAUUAAAUCAAAUAGCCCUUUACCAUCGUCGUCAAGCCGAAAAAAUUGAUAAAACUCAUCAUUUAGAUGCAUUACGAAAAUGGGAUCAUGCAAAGAAAAUUUAUUUUGAAGUAUUAAGUCUUAAUCGCAAUCACUUAGCAGCACUUUUGGGUUAUGCUACUUGCUUAAUUAUGUUAAAUAAAUACAAAAAAGCCGAGGAAGUUUUGAAAAAAGAUCUUGAAAAAAGAACGUAUUAUCGUGAUUCAUCAGAAAGAUGGUUUCUUUUAGGUCUUCUGAAACGUAAGUUACAUGAUUACGAUGAAGCUAUUAAAUCGUUGAAAAAAGCUCUCAGUUUGAAAAACAAUUAUAUUGAUGCACAGAAAGAACUAGCUUUUGUAGAAAAGUUAAAGAAUGAAACCAUUGAUAAACGAAUGAAAAUUUACAAAAAAAUGAGUCUAAAUCAUGUUGAACGUAAGUUUGAACAAUUUAAUGUUCUUUCCAUUGAUGGAGGAGGUAUAAGAGGUUUAAUACCAGCUGUAUGGAUGAGUGAAUUAGAACGAAGAACAAAUUUAGUUAGCUCAUCAAUGUUUCAUAUGAUGGCUGGAACAUCAACUGGCGCAAUAGUAGCUGCAGGUCUCGCUUUACCAGAUAAGUUUGACAAGAAACGACCCCGUUAUAAGGCUACGGACAUCGUCGAAUUGUAUACAAAUCAUUCGAACAGAGUUUUUUCUCGUGCACCUUUGAUAUCAUAUUGGUGUGGAUUGGGAUCUAAGUAUACUGAAGAGGGUCGAAAGUCUUUAUUUAAUGAAUAUUUCGAAGAUAGUCGUUUAUCGGAAUCUCUCACAGAUCUUAUCGUAACGACAGUUAAUUCAGAGAGUAAUACUACAGAAUCAUUUCGACGAAGUGUUGCUUUAGAGGAUUCAAGUAAAGAUUAUACAUUUACUGAUAUUCUAAUGUGUACAUCAGCUGCACCCAUAUACUUUCCACCUUACCGACUGAAUGAUUCCGUUUAUGUUGAUGGUGGACUUCAAGCUAAUAACCCAGCCAUGCAUGCAUACGGUUAUGCUUGUCGCCAAACUUCAAAUCGUGAUAAUAUAUUUGUUCUAUCACUGGGUACUGGUGAUUAUGUACCUGACCCAUUGAAACCUAAUGCUGAGAGGCAUCUUUUAUUUUGGCUUUCAAAUUUUUUCGAUGUGUUAAAACAUGUUUUAGAUGGUCCACAAAGUAAUAUUGAUCGAGAUUUAUGUAAUAUGCUAGAUAGUGAUAAGUAUCAACGAUGGCAAGUUUGGCUAGAAAAUCCUAUCGUACUUGAUGACAUUAAAAAGGAGACAUUAGAUAAUUUGAUGGAGCUUGCGCAUGUUCAUUUCGAAGAAAUGGAUGCUUUUGAUAAUGACAAUCGAUUGGGUAAACUCAUCGAACGAUUGAAAGGUCAAUAG